UAGCCUCAUUUCAUAAGGGUAGUCCUAUGGCAAGUACAAGAGGUUUUGGACUUUAAGGCAUAGUGACUGCGCUUGUUAAGUAACGGCAGGGCCACUCCAAAUAUUCAAACCUAGUUUUUCGGCAUACACUCUAGCCUACAUUGGAGAGUUUUACUGUAAAUGACCUACACCGGGAGGGACUUUUUAGCUGAAUGCGGCCUAUGUGGAAUGCGUGGCGCUCCGCCAUGUCAAUUUCUACAAAUACGUGGGAAUUGUAACACAGAGGUUCUAGUCCAGAAGAUGACCUGGCUGUGUCUAGGGAAGACCAGGCAAAGUUUCUAUGAUGGCAGCGCAACAUUAUAGGGAGAUGUUUGUAAUAUAGUCCCAAAACUAAAUCACAGAGUAAAAGUCCGCGUAAUAUCGCGCUAAUUGCCCUUUGAUAAUACUUGUCCAAGUGGUUUGGGAUGUCUUUAAAAAUAUAUAUUUAUCAUCAGGCAGGUUCACUCUAUUCGUGGUCAGAGUAAAGAGAUAUUAAUAACAUUACAAUCAGUAGUUAUCUUACUGCUCGGGUGAAAUUAGUAUGAUUAGUUGAGAAUCAAGCAUGUAAUUUGAGGACUAGGCCUACAUGAUGAUUCAGCCGAUUGAGGAUUGGUGACGAUACCUAAUGAUUUAACUAUCACUAUUUUGCCAAUUAUAAUAUAUGUAGGUUGUGAAUGUGACUUAUGUCCGAGUGAUUAUUAUUAUUGUAUUUAUUUUUCAGUUUGAACUCCAAUCGAUGCACAUUGAUUGUGAUGUGGGGCGACCACAGACCUGCAAUGACCUACCAGCCAGGACGUCGUAAGAACCAUUGACAAAACAGACUGCAACCACGGUCAAAUUAUCAAACUUAAUUAUCAAAAUAGCUAGUACAGAGGCUGGUAUUAUCUAGUCCAGGCAACCAUUGUAAAUAAACAACAUGAAAAAUGAUCAAUAAAUCCCAAGCCAAUAAAACACAAGCCAUUUAAAUCGCCCGCUAUUAUUUUCCAUUUUCCAUUUGCCCUCUGCACCCAUAAUAAACCCUCCCAGUCUGUUCGGACGCAGUCUGUGAAUUCUGCCAAUCACUUCCUAUAACUAAGCAAGGUCAUGAAUAUGCAUAAAGCUUUGAUGCCUAUGGUACCUCUGGCGGUUCAGUUGGUAGAAACGGAUUCAGUUGGGUGACUUUUUUUGUCGGGGUCCGUCAACCCAACUCAUCCAAGAAAAAGGAAAACAUUUUGACCCGUUCUUGCUGUCCUGGGAGAGGGAAGAGCAGGAGAGACCAUGGCUCAGGGGCAACUUUUUUGGGUACUUUUGGUGCAGAUUGUCCUUAUUUGCUCCACACAAAGGGCCUCGGGCCCCGUCGGCCCUCCAGGACCCGCAGGUGUCCCAGGAAUUGAUGGUGUCGCUGGUGAGAGGGGAGACGACGGAGAGGAUGGCCCUGCUGGUCCUGAUGGAGAUGCAGGUAAACUAGGCUCAGCCGGGUUGCCAGGUGUGCCCGGGGAUGAUGGUUUGACUGGUCCUACUGGAGACGAAGGUCCCGAUGGUCCCCUUGGACAGAAAGGUGAACCUGGGAAACCAGGACCUCGUGGACUAGCUGGCGUUGGAGACGAUGGACCCCCUGGACCCCCGGGGCCAGGAGGACUUCCAGGUGAUUUGGGCAAAGGUGGACCCCCUGGUGCUAUGGGAGUGAGAGGACCAACAGGACCUGGUGGAUCAGUAGGGCCGAGAGGUGCAGCAGGGAUGCAGGAUUUGAGUGCCGAGCUGUGCCCUGGUGCCUGUCCACCUGGGACACCUGGUCAUCCCGGCCUCCCUGGCAUGAAGGGUCACAAAGGAGUAAAAGGGGAAGGAGGAGAGCCUGGGAAACAAGGGCACAAGGGUGAAGAGGGUGACCAGGGAACCACAGGGGACCUCGGAUCCCAGGGCCCAACGGGUCCUCAGGGAAUCAGAGGCUCCACUGGAAUGAUGGGGCCCAAAGGUGGACUGGGAGCACGAGGACAUGAUGGAGAUCCAGGUCCCCAGGGUGUUGAAGGAGCCACUGGUGACCAAGGCCAGAGGGGUGUGAUGGGCGAGUCUGGUCCUAAAGGUGAUGAGGGAUCUCAAGGUGGAAGAGGAAUCACAGGUCUUCCUGGGCCCAAGGGAAAGGGUGGUUUGUCAGGAGUGGAUGGCCGUGAAGGUAUUCCUGGAUUGCCAGGUGGAAAGGGCACCAUUGGCAAGGCUGGGUCUCCAGGGGAGGUGGGGCUUCAGGGACUUCCUGGAUUACCUGGUUCUCCUGGCUCUAAAGGAACUGGUGGAGAGAAGGGUAGCUCUGGAGAGGCAGGUCUUCUUGGAACAAUAGGAUCUGCUGGUAAAACAGGAGAGCAAGGCAAAGCAGGAGGUCUAGGACCCAUUGGACCCAUUGGUGGACCGGGAGACAGCGGAGUACAAGGACCAGCCGGUCCACCAGGCAAACCAGGGGCCAGGGGACCUAAAGGAGAUCUUGGUCUUCCUGGUGUUCCCGGACCCCCAGGCCUCCCCGGAGUGAAGGGAGAGAGGGGAGAAGCUGGAGAAGGAGGACCUAAAGGAGAGCAGGGGGGACAAGGUUCUGAGGGAACUUCUGGAGACAAAGGAGAUGUUGGUGACCAAGGGGAAGCUGGACCCAAAGGAGUGGUUGGAAACCCAGGAGAGCCUGGUAACAGAGGGCCAGAGGGUAGCAGAGGGCAGCCUGGCAUCGAGGGCCCAGCUGGUACUUCUGGACCACGUGGCAUGCAGGGCAACAGGGGCGCACCAGGAAUCAGGGGGUCACAGGGACCGGCGGGUAAAGAACCAAGCGAUCAACACAUCAGACAAGUCUGCAUGAGAGUUAUGCAAGAGCAGCUAGCCCAGUUGGCUGCCAGUCUAAGGAGGCCGGAGUCUGGAGCAGCGGGCCUGCCUGGUAAGCCAGGGCCUCCUGGUCCUGCCGGACCCCCAGGGGACAGUGGCUUCCCUGGGCAGGCUGGAGCAAGAGGACUGCCUGGCCUCAAAGGACCUCCAGGACUCCUAGGACUCAAAGGACCCAAAGGUGAAUUGGGCGACAGAGGAGACCGAGGUCCCACGGUGCGAGGGGCCAAGGGCCAGCCAGGACCUCCCGGUCUACCAGGUGAGCCCGGAAAGCCUGGUUACGGCCAGGAGGGACGUGACGGCGAGAGAGGACCUCCAGGUGUUCCUGGCCAGGCUGGUGUACCUGGGCCUCCUGGUAAUGCUGGCCCCAACGGCUACUGCGACCCAUCGUCCUGCAACCUCAGACCGGGGGACAUUGACACCAGCAUCAAGGGCCCGGAGGGAACUAGAAACUAGAGCCACCACCCAGUGGAGGCUGGUGUCACUUUAAAUCUGAGGACUGGAUCUAAUGGCUGUAAUGGAAUGAAUGGAAAAGUUUCAAACACCUUGGAUUCUGUUCCAUUUAUUCCAUUAGAGCCAUCACUAUGACCCAUCCCCCCUUCACCAGCUUCCACUGCCCAACACCCAGAGAGGGGUAGAGACAGAGACAGAGACUAAGAUGGCAUAUGGUCGGACAUCUCCCACCCCAACCCUGGGAGCACACAACAUCCUCACAGCCUCUACUCUGAAAGGCUGUUGCUGUUGAGUCCAUUCUAACGUAUCUGCAGUGUUUUGUGAGAGUGUUCUGUGCUAGCCAGAUCUCUAUCGGAUAUGAAGGAGUCUUCCACUUCCACAAAUGCGAAACAAAACUAAUUAUUUUGUUGCAAAACAAUAAUAAUCCUGAACCUGUUUGGACGUGUAACAGUUUUUUACAUGACAGAUUUUCUUUUUCUUUUGUUGUUUUCAGAAAUGGGUGCUCUAUUUUAAGAUAUUAAUGUUUUGAAGACUAUAUUUGUUUUUAUUCCACCGUCCCUGUAAACCUAAAUGUCCUUAAUAACCACCAGACAAAUCACCUGCCCUUAAUAACCACCAGACAAAUCACCUGUCCUUAAUAACCACCAGACAAUUCACCUGUCCUUAAUAACCACCAGAAAAAAACAUAUUUCCUUAAUAACCACCAGACAAACCACCUGUCCUUAAUAACUACCAAACAAACCACCUGUCCUUAAUAACUACCAAACGAACUACCUGUCCUUAAUAACCACCAGAAAAAAUAUACCUGUCCUUAUUAACCACCAGACAUUUACCUGUCCUUAUUAACCACCAGACAUGCACCUGUCCUUAUUAACCACCAGACAUGCACCUGUCCUUAUUAACCAUCUGGCUGUAUUUGUAUGUUCCCUUUCCUCCUUUCCUCUCACUGAAACAGCUGUAUACUGUAGCCAACAUGUUGAUUUCAGCAGCGGCUGCAUCCACAUCAAAUCACGCUAAUUCCUCCCCAAUAAAGUAAAACCAUAAAGCAAUACCAGGAUUGCCUUUAGCCCAAAGUGUAUUUGUUUUGUAUAUGUAAUGUACUGCAUCAUGUUCUAUAUUGAAGUAUCAUAUACCAAAGAUAGACCUGGUGAAAAACAGUGAUAUCAGUUUGUAGAGAAAGUACCUGGGGUAUUUCCAGCCCCCUGCUUUCCUUCCAGAAACAUAAAUAAAGAGAUAGAAGAUAGGACUGACACCAAGCCACACUGACUGACGGACCUUCCAUAUGCGCUGUACAUCUCUGUAAAUUAUUUUCAAUUGUGGUUCCUUAUAUUUCCUACAAAAAAUAACUAUCCUAAUGAUUGAAUGUGAGGUUUGUUCUCAUUGUACAGUGUGAGGAGGAUUCUGAGAGAUGAUUCUUUUGAAAAUAAAUGUAAUAUUCCCUU